CGGAAGUCGCUUGCGGAAACAUUUGCCUGGAUCCAAGAUGGCGAAAACUAGUCCGGAGCAGGGCGAGUUCGCCCUUUUGCAAGAUGGUGGCUGUGGGUCUCCUUCGGUUGGCCUUGCGGGAGGCGUCGUCAACGUGACCGGACUGCGCGAGUCCCAAGAUGGCGGCGCCCGUGCUGCGAGCGCUGAGGCGGCGAGGGCGGGUUGUGUGCAGCCUGGGAAACAGUUUCUUAGGCGGAGCGCCCCGGAGAGAGAUCAAUUUUAAACUAGACGAAAGAACAGCCCACAGCAGCUUGGAUCUGUUCAAAAAGAAUACUGGUGUUAUUUACCGCAUGGUUGGGAUUGACCCCACCAAAGUGCCUCAGAACCUCGAACGCUUCAGAGAUUGGGCUGUAGUGCUGGGUGACACCGCUGUGUCUAGUGGACGCCAUUACUGGGAAGUGACAGUCAAACGGUCGCAGCAGUUUCGUAUUGGGGUGGCUGAUCUGGAUAUCUCCCGGGAAGGAUGCAUUGGGGUAGAUGAUCGCUCCUGGGUCUUUGCCUAUGCUCACCGUCGCUGGAAUGCCAUGUUUGCCAAUGAGACUACUCCGAUCAGUAACAUUGGCCAUCCGGACAGAGUGGGUGUGUUGUUGGACUGUGAUGGCAAGAAUCUCAGCUUGGUUGAUGUAAGCAAACUUGAACUCGUCCAUAGCAUGCCUGCUGAGUUCCAGGGCCCUGUGGUACCUGCUUUUGCCCUCUGGGAUGGCGAGUUGCUAACACAUUCAGGUCUUGAUGUGCCUGAGAAACUCAAUGGGAACUGAAAACCUCAUAAGCCCAGUGACAUUUGUUCAGAUAGGAUACUCUUGACAUAUUUGUAGCCAGUGAUUUUCACUUCCCAGCCUGCAGGCAUUUUUGGCAAAGAUAAGUGCAGAUUGAACCCUAUCCCAGUUUCGAAAUAAGGUUACACUUCAAUGUUCAAUGACAGGACCACGUACCAGCUUUCUGCCCCUGCUGUCUUACCUCCCAUAGUGGAUGAAUUUUGCUAUGUAUGGAAUUAAGACCCAUUUGGGUUAAGUUAGCUCUCAUGUGUUUGUCUAAACAGGAAAAUGUGCUUAGAUGAAGGCUGGCAUGAUUUUUUGAAAGAACCAGUUUGUUUCAAGACUCGUAUUAUGGACGGCAUUAUAGAUACGUCCUUUUAUGCCGGUAUCCUAGGCACCAAAUCUUCUGCCAAGUGCCCCCUUGCCUGUUGUGAACAACUGCACUAAUCUUUCUGCACCAAGCAAGAUGCCUGCUUGUGCAGAUGCCUGAAACAAGGACAUUUCCUGUUUGACAAGAAUCUCUUUGUAUCUAAUGCAUAGCCACCAUUGCCCCCUGCUGGCCUAGUGGGGAGAUAGCCAAUUCACUGCUACGCCUUAAUGGUAUUCGGACCUUCCUGCAUUGACAGAUAUUGCUGCACGUUAUCACUUUCAUAAGAAUUGCUUUAUUACCACAUCCCAAGGAUCCCAUCUCUCUCUGUGAUUCUCCUAGCAAGAGCUGACCUCUAGCCCCCUCCCUUUACCUGGAGAUUUGUAUUUAGUGCUGCAGUGCUAACAGAACAAGUAUCAAACCCAUUUAUAUCUGUGGGCCCUUUUAGGCUUGUAUGUGUGUGUUUUUCCACAUGGUGCUAACAAUCAACUCAAUGCAAUCAAGGAACAGCUGUUUUCAUUAGCCCAUUACAAGAGAGAAGAAGAAGGUUGUGUUAGUUCACCACAGUCACUCUGUUCACAGUUCCCUAGCAAGAGAGCUAUUUGACACAUUCUCUCUACAGAAAGGCUUCAUUUUAUCAACAUAGCAAAAUUCCAGGAACAGCAGCCUCUUGUGCAGUGUGUAUGUUUAUAUGAGUACAGCUAUCAUAAUCAAUAAAAGUGAAAUUAU